AUGCAAAGGAGAAUAACAAUAUCCUCUGAAAUUGCAAGUCGUUCAAUAUCAUUAGCAUAACUUUAUCAAGGUAGUAAAAUCAAUGAAAUAGAUUCAAAUUAAUAAACCAAAUUUGAUAAUAGAAACUCAAUCAACCAAUUCAAGUUUUCCUAGCAAGUUUCAAUUUUGAAAAUUCCUGCUUCUCAUUCUAAAAUUAUAGAAGAAAGGUAGAAUAUUAUUAAUUCUUAAGAGAAUUAGAUCAAUCAUUUUGUUUAAGUAGCCAAUAUUUUACAGAAGACUCUUUACCUUCCAUAAAUAUUGUAGAUAAAUUCAAUUAAUCAAUUGAUAGUCAAUCGUAAUUUGAUUUCAAAAAAGAGUAAAACAGUUAAAAGUCAAAGAAAUAAAAAAAAAACUUAUUUAUUGGUGAUUAUGAAAAUUAAGAAAAUUUUUUAAAGGAAGCAUUAUAAAUAUAAUCGAAAAUUUUUGAUGCAAAAAUUGAUUUAGAAAAAAUAAAACGAAAAUAUAAUAAGCUCAAUUAGAGAAAUCCAUUUAAAGAUCCUUAUUAUGUUUAGUUGAAAGCGUUGAGUAGUUAUAAUAGAUUAAAUUAUGAAUUGUGUGUAAAAUUAUCUUGUUAUUUAGCAUUAUCAUGAUAAAAAUAAAUUUUUAGAUAUAAGAAAGAUAAUCGUUUAUAUUUGCUAUCUUCCUUCUAUAAUUUUUGAAUCAAUUUUAUAGACUGUGUUUUUCAAAUUAUUUAUGACAGUACUUAUUUUAUGCAAUGUUGGAUUAUUUAUUUUUGUGAAAACUAAUAAAAGAACAGAUACUGAUGACAUCGAAUAAGUCAUUACAAUCUUUUUUUUAAGUGAAAUUGGUAUGAGAAUCAUAGCAUCAGGUGUAAUUUUGAAUAAAUAGAGCUUUUUUAGAAGUCCAUUGAAUGUUUACGAUUUUCUUUUAGUGAUCUUAACAACCUUGAAUCUAUAUAGACCAGAUAUUAUUAUUAUAGAUUUAUCUCCUUUUAGAAUGAUCACACUAUUAAAUUAUUUGGGAGAUAUACUUAAAGGAUUAUCAACUAUGUUAAAAGCAUUAAAAUCAUCUAUACAAUUACUCUUAGAGGCAUUAAUUAUAGUAGGUUUAUUUUCUUUAUUUUUUGGGGUUUUUGGAGUUUUGUUAUUUUAGAAUUUAUUUAAUUAUAGAUGUUAAUUUGAAAAUGGAGAGGAGACUGAAGAUUGGAUUUAAUGUGUGUAAGAAACUUGUCCUGAAGGGAUGAAAUGCCUAUAUUCUAAUUAGACACCUAAAAUGCCAACAUCAUUUAAUAAUAUUGUAUAUGCAUUGGGAUAGAUAUUAAGAACGAUUACAAUGGAUGAUUGGAGUUGGGUAAUGUUUUUUACAAUGAGAAUUUAUCAUCCUUACGUAUGGAUUUAUUAUUUGUUGAUAAUAUUUGUGGGAGGCUUUUUUGGUUUUAAUUUGGUCAUUGCAGUUUUGAAGACACAUUAUGCUGAGGCAGCAGAAGAGACUGUCUAGGAGGAAAUAAAUUAAGAAAUGCUAAAAAGGUUGAAAGAAAAGCAAGAAAAUCCAGAGAGAGAUUUAGUUUCAAUCUUUGAUGUUGCCAUUCUAAAAUAUAUAGGAAUAUAUUAAUAAUAUUAAAAGUGUCAUUUAGAAUUACGACAAACAGCUAAUAUCAGUUAAAAAUUUACAAUAGAAAAAAUUAAUAAAGAAUUAAAAACAUCUUAGAAACCAAGAACAUUGUCAGGUAAAUAAACUAAAUUCGAUUAUGUAAUUUUAUAAUUAUUAAAUCUUAGAGAAAUAAGGGCAUUUAAGAUUAUUUGGAUAAGUUUAACUUGAAAUAUUUGUUGCUUCCAAGAUUUAAAUAAUUAGAAUAAAGUUAGAAAGAUAUUAAAGCUACUAAUUAUACAGAUGACCCUUUAGAAUUGAAAUUGAUUCAUAAGUUAUUGUAAUAUGAUUUCUAUUAAUUAAAACCAUAUCCAAAUUAUGAGAUCUAUUAGGAAUUUAAUAGUGUAGAAGAUAUAUUAUUGGCACAAACGUAAAUAUAUUAUUUGAUUUAAGUUAAAAAUAAUAGACUUUGAAGGAAUAAAGUUUAAAAUAAUUAAUAUAAUAAAGACGUACAAUUCACUUAAAGUAAACUUAUUCCUUGUCAAAUCGAAAGUUAUAAAAGAAAAAACCUUUAAUAUAAAAGAGUAAAUUACCAAUGAAAAAAGAUAAGAGAUUGUUAAAUACAUUAAGAUAAGAUAGAACAUUAGAAAAAGCAGAUGAGAAUCAAAAUUAUAAUGUAGAUAGAUAGCACUUAAUUUAAUUAAAUAAUUCAAAGCAUGGAAAUAUUCUGAAGGGUCUUCCAUUUACAGUUACAAAUAAAUAAAAGACAUAUGUAUUGAUAUAGGAAUAAUAUAUUGAUUAUGAAGCAGUAAGUGAGAAAAUAAAUGCAAAGAUAUAGAUUAUUCCUGAUAAUUCUGAAUCUAAUGAAUUUAGGUAUGGAUUAAUUAGGAAGAAGGAAAUGAUUAGUAAAACAAUAAAUAAGAAGAAUUGGUCUGGAAGAGAUGUACUGUAUUAGAAUUUGACAAGAUUCAUAAGUUUUAAUUAAAUAAAGAAAUAAUUAAAUUAUUAGGAUAAGAAGAUAUGGUUAAGAGGAAUUAGUGGUAAGAUUAAGAUUGCAUAAAAAUAUUGUUAUAUGGUUGUAAGUAGUAAGUUUAGUGAAUUGUUCUUUGAUUUGAUAAUAUUAUUUAACUUUGUAUUUUUAUCAUUGUAGGGGAUUCUCAAUCCUGAAUUGAUAUCAUAAAUAGAGGAUAUAACAACAAUAUGUUUAUGUAUAGAGAUAGUAAUGAAGUUAUUUUCAUUUAAUUGUAAGGAAUUAAUGAGUGAUUGGAAUCAUGUAGUUCAAAUAUUAAUAGUUUCAAUAAAUUUUGUAGAAUUAACAUUAGGGGAUGAGAUUGGAAGUUCAACACAAUAAGGAUUGAGAUUGAUUAGAGGGACAAAAUGUUUAUUAUUUUAUCGAUGUCUAAAAUAUAAUAAGAUGGCAACCAAGAUAGGAUGGAUAGCAUAAAAGACAUUUGAAUAAUACAUUUAUUUGACAUUUUUAAUGUUCUUAGUUAUAUUCAUGUAUGCAUUAAUAGGAAUGGAAAUGUAUGCAGGGAUGUUUGAUUAAUAAGAUACUUUAGGAUAAUUACAUUCAUUUGAUAAUAUAAUAAAAUCAUUUAUGACAAUUUUCAACAUAAUGACAAAUGAUGAUUGGUAUGGUGUUUAUGUAAUGGGAGGGAGUUUGAAUUACAUUUUUGCUGUUAUAUACUCAUAUUCAAUGGUGAUAAUAUUAAAUUAUUUAACUUAUGGUUUAGUGUUGGCUAUAUUGUUAGAUGGAUUUGGAAAAUAUUUAGGAAAUGAGGAAGAGAUUAUAAAAGAAGAUGAUAAAUUAAGUAUAUAGAAUUCUAUGUAUUCUGAUUAACAUGAAGUAAUACAUGAUGAAGAGGAGAUUAAGGAUGUGGAGAUUUUAACAACAAAAAGAUAUAAGUUAAGUUUGAUUUCGAAUUUAUUAAUUUCAAUAAAAUAAGCAUAUCACAAUAUUCAAAUGAAGAAGGCUUCAAUUUAUAAUGAGAUAUAGUGCUAAUAAUCAUUGUAUUUAUUUGAUAAAACCAAUACUUUGAGAAUUAGUGUAACUAAAUUAGUGAUAUCACCAUUCUAUAUAUAUUUGAUGGAUGGAAUAAUUUACUGGUCUAUUGUUGUAUUUAUAAUAAAGACAUAUCAUGAUUAUGAGAUAGAUUCUUCUGAUCUACCUGAUACUUUGUAAUUAAUAAUUAAUAUAUUGAUAUUUAUUGAUUUCUGUUUAAAUAUAAUUGCCAAAGGUUUAAUAUUAGAUAAAGGAUCACAUAUUUAAAAUAUUUGGUAAAUUGUUGAUAUUAUUUAUAUUAUUUCAUACUUUAUACAAUAUAAUAGGAGCAAUUAUGCACCAAUAGUUGAUGUUUUGAUGUUUUUAGGUUAUUUUAGACCAAUGAAAUUAAUGUAUAGAAUUAGUUGGUUGAUUUAAUUAAGGGCUGCAUUGGCAUAGGCAUUGAUAGAUAUUUUAAAUGUUUUGAUUACUCUACUUUCAGUAUGGAUGGUAUUUGGUGUUUAUGGUAUCAUUUUAUAUGAGAAUCAAUUUGGAUUUUGUGAAGACAAGAUGGAAUUUUAUGUUUCUUAAAAGUAGUGUUUAUCAUAAAAUAAAACAUGGGUGAAUUAUAAACAUAAUUUUGAUAAUAUAACUGUUGCUAUACCUACUUUAUUUGUAGUGUCUACUUUUGAUGGUUGGGGAGAGAUAUUAUAAGUAGCUGAAAAUAGUUAGACUGUAUAGACAGGACCAGUUCCAUUUGAUGGUUAUAUUUAGACAUAUUUCUUUUUAAUUAUAUUUUGCUUUAUUGGAUCAAUGUUCUUUUUAAGUUUAUUUACUGGAGUUCUAUUUACUAAUUUAAAAGAGAAUUAAUUUAAAAUGCAAAAUAAUGAAAUGAGUUAAGUAUAACAAGAAUUCAAAAAGAUCACUAAUAUUAUAAUGUCAGACUUUCCUAUUUAUUCUGCACCUCCAAAAAGUGGAACUCGUAAAAUAGCAUCAGAUAUUGUUAAUAAUACAAAAGUCAAAUAUUGUAUAUUUGUAUUUUUUAUUAUGGAUCUAAUUAUUUUAUUGUUAUUUAGUUCCUAAAUGGAUAAUGAUUACUUUCUUGUUAUAAAUUCACUACAUAAUGUUUUAACAAUUAUAUAUCUUCUUUGGAUCAUUUUAUUAGUAUUAGCUUUGGGUGUAAAUAGAUUUUUUGAUAAUAAUUGGAGAAGAUUCUACUUCUUUUUAAUACUUAUAGGAAUGAUUGAUUUAAUUGCUCAUUAUAUAACUGAUUGGACAAAAUUGUAUUACUAUUCAUCUCCUAAUGAUUAGUAUUAUUAACUAUAUCGUUUCUUCUUUGCAUUAAGAAGUCUAAGAAUCAUUCUCAUUUUCUAAGGACUUAUCAAUAUAUAGAGACUCAUUAGAGUUAUGGCAUUUGCUGUACCAUAUCUAGUUAAAAUAUUCACUAUACUUAUCAUAACUAUGUUUAUAUUUGCUUUAUUUGGAUGUCAAUUAUAUGGUAAAAUAGAUUCAGGUUAAGUAAUGGAUGAUCUCAUUAAUUUUACCAAUUUUGGAAAUGCUAUGUUGGCACUCUUUAAAUGUGCAUCUGGAGAUGAUUGGAGAACUAUCAUGACUGAUACAAUGUAACAUAAUCCAUUAUGUUAAGAAGAUCCAUAAUAUUGUGGAUCUACUGCAAAUCAAUUAUAUUUCAUACUAUUUAUGCUUUUAUCCAAUUAUGUUCUCCUUAAUCUAUUUGUCUUAGGAUUAAUAGAACAAUUUGAAUAAUUCUUUUAAAUGCAGAAUUCUUAAAUCCAAACAUAUGUUGAAAAUGUUGAUAACAUCAAAACUAUUUGGUGUAAAUACACUACUUAAACUUAAGGAUAAACUAUGCAUUAUAAAUUUUUAGGUAAAUUUCUUAUGGAUAUUGGUCUCCCACUUGGAGUUGAUUAAGAUUCCAAUCUUUGGGAUGCUUGUAAAUUAUCAUCCAAAUUUAAAUUAUAAUGGUAUUAAUUUUGAUUAUAAUUUUAGUGAUUGUCAUGGUUAUAUCCAAUAUAAUUCACUUAUGUAUGAAUUAUUUAGAAGAUGUUUUUAUUAAGAAGUAUUCACUUAAGGUACUCCAGAAUCUAUUAAACUUAUUAAAUAAUUUAAUAAAGAAUAAUAAUUUAGACUCAAAUAUUAUCGUAAAAACAAAAAUAUCCCAAGAACAAAUAUUGGUCCUGCUAUCACUAUACAAACUAAUAUCAAUUUACUUCAUGACUAUUUAAAUGUUUUAAUCUUAUUUAAAACUUGGUAAUAAUUCAGUUAGAGUCUUAUUAAGAAACUUAAUUAAGAUGAUCAUCAAUUUACUGAUAGUGACAUAUCUCUUUAAGAUCCUUCAGAAAAUGGGUAAAAUUUAUAUUUUAAUUUUUAGAUAUUAAAAGAGUUAAAAUCAUAUUUUAUAAGAAGAAUGUGAAAUUUAAUCCAGAUAAGAUAGUUAUAUUGAUUAAAUACAAAUUAGUCAUCAUAGUAUCUCAUAAAGUAGUUAGAUUAAUUAAUAUAACGAUUUGCUUUUUUAUAAAGGAAAUUAUGAAACAUCUCUAUAAAGUGAAAAUCGAGACUUUACAUUUCUUAAAACUGAAAAAAGAUAUGAAUCCGAUUUAUGA